CCGAGUCCUACAACAUCGCUGAAUUGCGAUGUAUGCAAGAUAUCUGGUCACACCGAAGAAAGCUGCGCCCUUACGGGGGAACGAGGUCCCGAAGAGCCCAGACCUCAUCCCUCAGAAUUAACAAAGAAGCCGAUUGAUGCUCACGGUGGAAUGGAGAACUUGGCUACGGCUAAUCUGACAGCUGCGAUCCUGAAGGACAACGGGGGAUAUCCUACAUCUGCCGUUCUUCCAAGUGCUGAUGACGACGCCGCAGGCUCCUAUAAACAUCAGACAUCGGAGGAGCUGGCAACAGGCAACCUUCAGCUAUCCGGAAGUCCUUUAAUGACAUCAGACGGCUUCAGUUCAUACCAAUUCAAACCUCCGCAGGCCCAUGGUACCCAUGGUACCUCAGCGACCUCGAGUGGAGUAGAUCGCGCAGACGAAGUUACCGAAAGUGAGGACGAUAUGCAGACGUCUAAAAUGCCGAACGCACAUGACAUUCCUCAACACGGUGCAGCGGCUACAAAGCCACGGAUAUCUCCUGAACGGAUGACGGCGCGCGUUCUUGUCCCCGAAUCAGAAUCUUCUCAAGAGGAUGAAAUUCAUGUUGGACGUCACAACGCUUCACAAUCUUCCCAGCGGAGAACCAGGACUUCGGCUCUCCUAAAGCAGCUGCCAGAAUCUCGAGUAAUGGGAUAUACCACGGAUCCUGCGUUCUCGGAGGCCGUACAUGAUGCCAAUUUGAUUGAAAAUUGCACCCCAGCUGAGGUCGAAGUUGCUGCAGGUGAUUCCGACACUGGUGAGCCGGAGAGAGGAUCAGAUUUAUCAGUGGAACUUCCCAGCGGCACUGCGGAGUCUCCGAGGGCUGCAGAAGAGGUGUCGCAUGCCCAAUCACAAUCGCCUCUUCCUUUAUCAAAUUUGAAGUCUUUCGCGUCUCCACGUCAAUCUAAUGCGCCAGCGAAGAGUCGUGAUUCUGGAACGCUCCUGGCGCAUAACUCGCAGUCCCUGCCUCAAUCGCUCGGUGGGCACAAUAGCAAAGUGAUUUUAUCGCACUCGAGGCGCGUGGAGCCAAUCUCAGAGGAUCAAUUUGCUGAAAUGGAGAACCUCCCCGCCAUAGAUGAGGCUAGGGAUCUCCAACAUAGACAGAUUACAUCCUCUAAAACUCCUCUGCCGGAUUGUCAGGCUCCGCCAACUCCAGCAAGUCAAAAUCGUGCGGCUGGAAAUUCCUUGACAAGAGCAAUUACUUCGGCAAGUGGAUCCACUCAGACUGCUCUGCGUGUCAGAGGCUUGAAGACCGUGAGGAGGGCAAAGUCAGACACGGUCAGCUCUACGCCCAAGGUUGGGAGACGCAUUCCUAGGGCCACUGUUCCGUCGCCUGAGGGUGGGGAUUUGCAAGCGAGUGGGUCUCAGAAUAGAGCUGAUUCGGCUGCAUCGAAAGCCCACAAGCCAGAACACCAUGCUUCCCCGACCAAGGCGGCAUCAAUUGAGAACUUUGACCAUGACCAAGAUGGGGCGAGUUCGGACGAACCUAGACGGUCACAAAGGAAAGUUGGAGCGUCUUCGGACAGAAGGGCAAGGCUCUCUAACGGGACCAAUGUGGAUGAUGUAUCGCUGCUUGUUAACCGUUCGAGCCCAUCCCCUGUUGAGGACCUCGUCGACGCAAGUUUCUUAGACUCGCCGAAUUCAUCGCAGGCAAUGGAUAAGCGAAAAACCCCCCUUUUUGUCUCGUCGCCACCCAGCACCCAGCACCCAGCGAUCCCUUCAACUCAAGACCACCUCCCGCCACGGAUGCGUCCCGGAAGAGCUAGCCAAUUGCCUCCUUCAUCCCGCUGGCCAUCUCUCAUGUCGCUCACAACUGAUCAAGUUCGCUCCGCCGUUCAACACCGUUGGAAUGCUUCACUUGGGGGAUCAUCCCAAAUGAAUUCUCAAAAUGCAAUUAAUAACGACGAUGCCAAUGCAGACAAAUCCGAUGAACUGGAUGAAUCGGAUGGUGAUCGUGAGAAAAUUCCGACUUGAACGCAAGUGAGACCCCAGUCUUAGUGGAACUCGAUGUGGGCACGGCCCCCAAAGAUUUCUUCGCAAAAUGCACUUGCGAAUCUUCUGGGCUUGACAUUGUGAUUUAUCCAUGGACGCACGAUGCACACUGGUGGAUUGCCACAUUAAGAUCCUACAUGUACAUAGUAACCUCCUAUACAUCUCAUGUUGCAAUCUG